AUGCGGAGGAGGCAGCUAUUUCUAGUUGCAUUGUCCUCUCUCUUCCUCUUCUUCUUUUUCCUCUACUCCUUCAUCUUAUUCAAUGUCCAUGUAAAAUCCACCUUGAUAGCUAAAUCCAAAAAUGCCAUUACAAUUUGUGAAACCCCUUUGCAGCACAAACAAUUUAGCCUCUUGAUUGGAAUCUUAACCCGUCCAGACAACUAUAAUCGUCGCCAUUUCCUUCGCCUUGUCUAUGGAAUCCAAUCAUCUCCCCUAGCUCAUAUAGACGUGAAGUUUGUCUUUUGCAACCUCACAAAGCCUGAGCAAAGAGUAUUGAUAGCUUUAGAAAUCCUACGUUUCAAUGACAUUAUCACCCUCCAUUGUACAGAGAACAUGAACAGUGGUAAGACCUACACAUACUUUUCUUCUCUCCCACGUAUCCUUUCAAGGUCUUAUGACUAUGUCAUGAAGGCUGAUGAUGAUGUUUUUAUCAGGCUUGCACCAUUGGCAUUGUCCCUUGAGCCAUUGCCUAGGCUAGACUUGUACUAUGGAUUUGUAAUUCCAUGCACUAGCAUGAACCCCCAUGUGGAUUAUAUGUCAGGGAUGGGGAUUUUGUUGUCUUGGGACACUGUUGAAUGGAUUGGAAAUUCUAAUAUCCCUGAAAAUAACACGAAUGGUCCCGAGGAUAAACUGGUUGGAAAAUGGUUAAAGAUGGGAAAUAAGGCCAAGAAUCGAUUUUCUAACAAGCCAGCCAUGUAUGAUUACCCGGGAACAAAUGGGAGGUGCUCACAUGAGCUUAUACCAGAAACUGUGGCUGUUCAUCGAUUGAAAAGGUGGGAUCAAUGGUCAAAGGUGCUUGAAUAUUUCAAUGUAACCAAAGAGCUAAAGCACUCCAACCUCUAUUCAUCUAUGAUUUACACUCGAAAUUAA